AUGGACGACUGCUCCGAAUUGGCGAUUAAAAAGAUAUGUUGUACUUGCCUCAGUAAAGAGCGCAAGUUGUUCCAGUUAUGUAGAAUAUCCGACGGGGUAAACAAUUUGUAUUUGUUGUUGUCCUACGACUCUGAAGCGUUUAGGGAGGGAUUCUACAAAGACACUGCCAGUUUGUUCAUAUGUUGGGAAUGCAGAGCUGUCAUGUGCAGAAUUGCACGGUUUAGGCAGCAGGCUUGCAUUGCGCAGAGGCAGCUCAGUUUCAUUGCUGAUGGACGUUUGGAUAUCAAUGCCCAGCACUGUCUAUCUCACUUAUCAAGAUACCACACAACUAGUUACAAAUCAGUCAUUUCAGAGGCUGACGCAGUGUCUGAUAACUUUAUCGACUGCGGAGCAAAUAAUGACAUCAAGACUGAAAGUGAAGAAGACAUUCCACUAUCUGAAUUGCACAGCAACUUGCUGUCAGAUAAUGAAAUUGAAACACAAGACUGUAAAUUCAACAAAGAAUCCAAAUUUAAAAAGAAAAGAAAGUUAAAAAGAGAAUUGUACUUCUCAAGUGCCAAGAUGAGUGAGGAUGAGUUGAAAGAGGUUCUGAUGAGUAAGAAAACUUCAGCAGAAUUUGUUGGUUCGAGUUUUAAAUGCGAUAGUUGCAUUGAGAUGUUUCAAAAUGAAAGUGACUUAGCGGCUCAUAAUACAUCCUUUCAUACAGAGAGACCCAAACAUAUUAAAUGUGAAAUAUGCUUCAUUUAUACCAAAGAGAAUUUACACCAAGACCAUAAAGAAAAUCAUUAUAAUAAACACAAUUGUCUAUGCUGUGGGUUUGUAUCAUACAACCAGAGUGUAAUAUUGGCUCACUUAAAGGAUGUACAUGGUGUGAACUUAAAUGUAACUGUGAAAAAGAAAACGGGUCGUAGAAAAUCAGAUGCUCUGCAGCCAAGAGUGCAGGUGCACAGUGAUCUGUCUAGUUCAGAUAAAAGAACUUCAUAUUUGUGUAAGGAGUGCAACAAAUAUUUUGACAACAAGAAUCAAAGAUGGAAGCAUGUUCAGCGCCACCACAGAGAGGGGCACAAGUGCAUCACUUGCGGAAAGAGGUUCGCCUUCAAGAACAACCUGGCCAGGCACCAACUGUUACAUGAGGGCCCGCCACCUCGCACGGAGUGCCCGGUGUGCCACAAGAUGAUACGCGUGGACCUCCUCAAGGUACACUCCCGGAUUCACUCCGAGAGAGAGCAGUACACGUGCGUGGAGUGCUCCAAGAGCUUCGUCAGCAGAGCCUCCUAUGAACACCAUCUGAAGUAUACGCAGGCACACGCCGCCACUAACAUACUCAAGUACAAGUGCACGAUGUGCGACAAGGGGUACAGGUCGCGGGGCGAGCUGCGGGACCACGUCAACUAUCAGCACAUGGGCAAGACUCAACACAAGUGUCCCAUCUGUGGGAAGGCAUUGGCGACGCGACGCUGUAUCACGCGUCACGUGCGACGAGCUCACGACGGAGUGAAAGAGAGCGCACGAGACAAGAUCUGUCAACAGUGCGGUAAGGCUUUCAGGGACAAGAAAGGUCUCCGAGAGCAUGAGCUGAUCCACACCGGUGAGCGCCCUCUGUCGUGCGAACUGUGCGGCUGCACGUUCAGACAAAGCGCGUCGCUCUACACGCACAGGAAACGCGUACACAAAAUAUACCCUCCUGCGAAGAGAAUACAACUGGUGUAA